UGAAACUGUUUUACGAUAUUUUAAACCCUUUGGAGCCUGUGAAUCACCCCCUUUCUCUAUGCUGGGAGUGUGCCUCCGUCAUGUACGGGAUAUUGAAAUUCAAGUCACAAGUUAAGAGGGCGCACGAGUUGCUUGUCAGUUAUAUGCUUCACCAUUCGACCACCUUACCGACACUAUCGUCAUUAAAAACAUUCACAAAUCAAAGUCUGUUAGAAAUCUCAUACCCAGAACACAAUACAGAACAGCCAGAAAACUUAGAAAUUGACACCCAACAUUCAACAAAUGAAAGUAAUAAUGUUGGUGAAAUAAAAUAUGACAAAUUAUCAUUAAAUCUAAAUAAAAUGGUUGAAAAUAUCAAUAGCACUAAUGCAGUUAUCAAUAAUAUAUCAAAAGCUAUCGGUAAGAAAGCUAGAACUAAUCGGUCAAAGAGAGAUGUAGAGCAUGAUGAAGCGGAGCCAUUAGCAUUUAUUAAAGUUGAAGACCAAGACAAUGGGGUUGAUCAUCUUGAAGGAUAUUAUGUUGAUGAGAAUUUAGAUGAUGUAAGAUUUGAUGACGAUGAUGAUGAGGAUAAGGACUUAAAGGCUGUAUUAAAAUCUGAUCCCUUUCAAUGCACGUCAACGAAGUCAAAUGGAAGGCGUCGACGGAAAACCAAAGCUGAGUACAACGAUUCCGACGAUGAACCACUCACGUUGAAGAAGUCAAAAAUUGCUAAAUGUGCCCUAAAGAGUCAAACAGAAGGUCCGAAGCAAGACAGGCGCAAAAACCCGGGCCCGAAACGCGAGAAGCCAGCCGGCGUCAUUCGCAACGCCCGAGUUAACAGAAAGCUCGAACAGCUUGGAGUGCCUACGUCGGCGUUAGAAAUGGUCGUGCUUUCGUGGGAAGAGGUGGAAGCGGAGCGGGCAAAAUCGCUACGCAGCGAAACGUUCACCCGCCACGAGUACCGCUGCUACGACUGCGCCGUUGGGUUCAACCACCGAGCGAAGCUGGAGGACCACAUGGUAAAGCAUUCGCAGGCGGCCGGCGCCGCGGAGUGCAGCGUGUGCCGCGUGCGCUGCCGCGACGCGCACGCGCUGGCCGCGCACCGCCGCCGGCACCGCGUCAGGUGGCGCUGCUGCCGCUGCCAGGCGCUGUGGUCGCGCGCGGCCGUGGGCGCCGACCACUUCGCCCGCGCGCACGCGCACGCGCCCGCCGUGCACCGCUGCUCCGUCUGCGGCCACCGCGAGCCGACCCUCGGCAAGCUGCGCAACCACCUCAAGAACCACGCCGAGCGCCAGAAGUGCGAGCUGUGCGGGAAGACCUUCCGCGACAGGACGUCGCUGAGGACGCACUUGUUCAUUCACAAAGGCGAAAAGGAGCACGAAUGUCCGUCGUGCGGGAAGCGGUUCCUGUUCAAAAAAGCCAUGGAAGUGCACAUGAUCACGCACGAUGCGCAUGCGCACCUCUACUGUCAUCAGUGUGAUAUGAAUUUCAAAAAUCGCAUGUCUUUUUACCAGCACAUGAAGUACAACCUUAAACAUAUCGACCCAGCUAAGCUCAAGUUCGCGUGCGCGCUGUGCGGCAAGAAGUUCGCGAAGGCGCGGCGCCUGCAGGAGCACCACCUGGCCGUGCACCUCAAGGCCACGCCCGAGCGCUGCCGCGAGCCCGGCUGCGCCUUCGCCUGCGCGUCGCGGCCCGUGCUGCGCACGCACGUGCGCAUGGUGCACCGCGACGCGCGCGCGUGCCGCAACCACGUGUGCCACGCCUGCGGGAAGGCCUACACGACCAAGAAGACGCUGGAGGGGCACCUGCGCAGCCACACGGGCGAGCGGCCGCUGCGCUGCACCGCCUGCCCCGCCACCUUCCGCUACGAGGCCGCGCUCUACAACCACAACAAGCUGGUGCACCUGAAGCCCAAGACCGGCCGGAACCGCUCCUCCGCGACGACCGUGACCCAGCCCGCACCUGCAGAGGUGCAAAGUACGCCAACCUCCACAUCCCAACCUGCACCUUGUUCUUCAUCUGCACCUGCGCAGGUGCAACCGACACCACCCGCGCCGGCCUGGCAGAUAACUUUGAAUGUUCCGCACACGAAUCAAAUGGACGUCAGCUGAUUGAUCGAUAACGUAGCUCAGAACCUUAGCACUCUGACUAUUAAGUUACACGAAAAAAUAGAAACAAACUAAGACAUUCCGGUUUUGGUCCCCGGUACAACCGAGAUACUAGAGUCGAGUACCCCGUUAGAAUUCGACAAAGUCCGAUAUAGGCUAAGAUUCGUCUAGUUCACAGAUAAUUAGACGUAAAUAGAAACAUUUUGAAAUACAUAUACUAGUUUACCAGUAUCAAUGUACAAUUUACAUAAUAAUAUAUACAAUAUCAUUCUAAGUUAAGAGAUUUGAGCUUUUA